AUGGUCAAGGUGGCUUUCCCACUGGACCACCAGAGUACACAAGGUAAGCCACAAAUAGGAGGGAAUAUAAGUUAGUUUAAUUUUGUUGUAAAAUUAAAUUAUAUUUUAUUUGUAUACUUGCUCAACAGCCCCAGAACACCAGUCUCCCCAGCCCACACACUCAGUCCCUAAAAUGAUUAACCAUCAGUGCAGAAGUGUACUCUUUACAAGAAUUUCUGCUACAUUACUUGGAAGAUGAAUGACAAAUACCACAAAUUAUCAGUUUAUCCCAAGUACAUGUACAAGUGCUGACCCCAUCUUUAUACAGAUAGCAAUUACUAUGUAAGCAUCAAACUUCUAGGUUUAGAACUUGAAGGUCUAGGGAUUCUUCACCAAAGGUUGCCACGUGAAAGCCACCAGGAAAGUCACCAAUAAACAGAGUUUGGGAAAAACAACAUAAUUUUAAUCUUUCUGACAUCUUUCUUAUGUAUUUGUGAUAUAUUUUGAUCUCCCUUCAUAAUCUCUCAUUCAAAACAGUUUAAUGGUUAAUGUUAUUUUUAAAUAUGUUUAACCUGACUGUUUAGUUUCUAAUCUUAUAGCAUAUGCCCACAUGCACAGCUUUAAAUAUUCGUGUGAUGCAUGGUUGCAUUUCAAAAAUCUUUAUUGUGAAAAGAGUUAUUCACCUUUUUAAUUAAAAAAAAAAAAAAGCAACCAACCAAAAAUACUAUUCCCACACAAGUAGGAGAAACUUAUUUUUGCCAGUGAAACAUACAAUCUGUUAAAGGGACACCGUAGGCACUGUAUCUGCUUCAUCUCAUUAAACUGGUUAUAGUGUCUGGAGUCCUCUGGUCCCAUCAUUUCUAUCAGCAUUAAACAGUUUUUAAAGUUUUAAUGCUAAACAAGAGUCCCCGGCAAUCCAUCCCCUCUGUGCUGCUUUGGCUAAUAAGGAAGUAUUAGCCUGAGCAGCAAUGGGCAGCUGUGAUUGGCUGACAGUGUCAGCUGACUGCUUUUAGCCUGACAGAGUUCCAACUGACGGUAUGAAUGUGUAUGACAACAAGGAAGUGUGUAAUCUCUGCCUUAGCUACACAUACUGAAAGGGCCGGACUGUGGGUGGCCAGGGACUCUUAUUUUGUGGCAUACUGCACGAACAUGGUUCAACACUGUAGCGGAUGGCACCGGGCUGUCCUGCAAAUAUAUUGUACAUAACUGCAUUCGUGUGAUCUGCUGUGUUAUAUGUGUUUUAAAAGAAUUGUAUUCCUCUGAUUGUUCGGUAGUUUCAUUCCCUUAGUUUAUUCGAAUGAAAAUACCGAACAACCAGACCUCCCCUGUGUGAAGUGUGUCCUCAAUUACCCGUUGCAACAUUGUUGCGAACGGGUAAUUGACUAGUAAGUAGCCGUCCUUUGUUCUCGGGGGUGGCCGCCAUUCGACAAACGAACACGUUGCGGCGGCCAUUUUAAAACUCCCGAACAGCAGUGUUUUGCCGUCGAGUGUCUGGAACUAAAAUCGGACACUCGAGUAGGCGAACACCGCUGAGACCUCCACAAGCCCGGUCCGUUCGGUUCCAAACUACCGAACGGCCCCUCGUUCGGUAGAUAGAAAGUACCGAACGAGGGGAUUCAGGCGAACCCUCCCUAGCCUCUAUAGCUAGAGGCUUUCGUGUAUUUUGUUCCCUUAUGCCAGGACCGACCGCAAGGCCCAUUCGCAUGGAACCUCAUUUGGCUGUCUCAGUUAGUGCGGUCGGUCAUUUUAUUCCCUCCAUACAUUUCCCGAACCCCUGGUCUGAUCUGGGUGAUUUUUGGAUAUGUUGUUCACCCAGAUCAGGGCUAUCCGGGGAUGUAGGAUUUAAAGAGGUACCCCUACGUUUAGGGGUACAUCCAGAAACGGGGGGAAUUACUCUACUGGAUAAGGGGAUUAUGAUGCUGGCUGAGGGGAGGAGAGGUGUGGGAGGUUACCAGGACAGGAUUGGCUACUGUAUUAAUGAUUGUAAAUCCCUCCCUUGCAUGGGAGCAGGCUUUAAAAGGAGACUGUGGAUUAAAGCUUUCAGUUCUGCUCCUGAAACUGUGUGUCGUCCAGUUAUUGGGAUUGCUGUUGGGAUAUUGCUGUAUUUUACCUGCUGGAAACCUUGCCUGUGGAUUUACUAUUUACUUGUUCCUGAGCCUCACUUGGAUUAUAAGCGGAGAUAACCUGGGGAAUAUUGCAUCUCCGCUACAAACACUGAAUGGAGGGACAAUGCCAGGGCACUCCAGGCACUAUAACCAAUUCAAAAAGAUGAAAUGCUUAUAGUGACUACAGUUUCCCUUUAAGGGAUGUUGACUGGUAGCAGGGCCGGCCCAUCCAUACGUCUUGGUGAGGCCAUGGCUCCAAGCAGCACUUUGAUGGGAGCAGUAUCUUGCCUGCAUCCACUACACACUUCAUACAAUACACAGACACUGCAUCCACUACAAAAACACAGACACUGCAUUCACUACACAAAUAUUGCAUCCACUAUAGACCCAAACUCUGCAUUCAUUACACACAGACACUGUAUCCACUAAACACACACAAUGCAUUCACUACACACGGCAUACAAUACACACUGCAUACCCUAUGUAGACACUGCAUUCACUACACACACUGCAUAACAUAAUGGAUGUGCAGUAGUUUGGGUGAAGGGGAGGGAGCAGCAUUUCAUCCUUGGACACAGAUAGCACAAUGUCUUGGGCUGACCCUGACUGGUAGAAUCAUUUGGAAAGAGGGUUCUGAUGACAAAUGCUGACUUCAGUUCUUAGCCUUUAAUUCAGACAGCAGCUUCCAAAAUGAAUGAUUAGAGCAAUAAAUGUUUAUUACAGGGAAGUUGGGAAUAUUUAUGGGCUGGUGUCCCCAAACCAGUAAGGGUGGCUGCAGUAGAAAGGAGAAGUGUCACCACACCUGCCAUGCAAAUUAUAGGGUGUUACACCAAAGCCUGAGGCAAAUACCAGGGGUGUGCUCUGUUUUGGGAGUAACAGAGAUGGUAUAAAACCAGGGUGAAUGCCAAGAGCAGAUAGCCUGGAAUCUCCAAGGCAAGGUAAGGUAUAACAUUUAAAGGGCAUUAUGCAGGUUCUAAAUGACGAGAGGCAUGGCAUUGAGGACAGGGAGACAAUCAAUCAAGGGAGAAUAAACCUAGGAACGAGCAACAUUCAGCAUGGGACUAGAAAAGGGGGUUUUGACAACAGGAUGAAUGUGCACUGGCAGAAGCAAAUGAGACUGGAUGUAGGUUUUUUUUUUAAAUGAAAAUUGGUGGAAAUUUAAAGCAAUUUCAACGUAAAUUUCAAAAUUUCAGGCCAAUUCUGCUGAAUUGGAAACAUUUACCAAGUCAGCUAUGCUUCCAAUUUGAAAUUCACUUUGCAUUUUUCACUGGCAAUUCUAACAUUAGUAAAUAAUCCUGAUAUUGUCUCUGAUCUGUUCUUAAACAAAAUGCUAGUUUAAACAAGCACGGCUGAAGGGGUAAUGGUAAUGGAAGUCAAGGGUCACUAGAUAAUAACAUGGUGCCUAAAGUAUGAAUGCUGUGUGCUUUAGUGUAGUCUCUUUAAAACCACAAUAUGAUUUGUGUAGUGUCAUUAAAACCACAAUAUGAUUUGUGUAGUGUCAUUAAAACCACAAUAUGAUUUUCGUUGCAGAAAGAUGAGGGCCCUAACAUUCCUUGCAUGCUGUUUGUUGAUUGCAUCAUCCAGUAAGUAUCUUCCAACUUUUCAAACACCUUUUAAAAGUCAUUCCAUUCCUAUAUUUCUCCACAAGCUGGGGGAAUAUGGGUGAUGGAAUGAAGACCUGUCUAUAUGAGAGUUCUCCUGCUCUCUUUUGUCAGAGAGUUUUAUACUGAUACAGAGAACUUUAAAUUGAGAUCUACAGUCUGGUCCAUAAAUAUUGGGACAUCAACACAAUUCUAAUCUUUUUGUCUCUAUACACCACCACAAUGGAUUUGAAAUGAAAUGAACAAGAUGUGCAGACUGCAGACUUUCAGCUUUAACUGCAGACUUUCAGCUUUAAUUUGAGGGUAUUUACAUCCAAAUCAGGUGAAUGGUGUAGGAAUUAAAACAGUUUGUAUAUGUGCCUCAUUUCAUUUCAAAUCCAUUGUGGUGGUGUAUAGAGCCAAAAAGAUUACAAUUGUGUCGGUGUCCCAAUAUUUAUGGACCUGACUGUAUACAUUGGCUAGUACAAGGUAUAGAUAACAUUUAAUGCUCUUUAAAAUAAUGAUAUUUUUGUGUACCAUGUCACACUUUAAGUACGUUAAAGCAAAGAUGUAAGGCAAUCAUACAUACCUAAGUAAGUGGUAAAUUGUGAUAGACAGACCUACCUCUGACUGCAAGUGUGUAGGUAAACUAGAAUCUAUAUAUUUAUUAAAUUUGAAAUUGCUGACAGAACCUACACCCAAAAAAGGCCUUCAGUAUAAUAUUGUUGGAUACAAAUCUGAAAUGAUUUAAUAUUUUUGAAUCAACUUUAAAAAUGAGUUAUUAUGAAAAAUAUUUAAAUUCUUUUUUUAUAUUUUGAUGUUUUGUGAUAUAUUGAUAUAUAUGUUUUUUUACAUCUUUUUAUAUUUUUAAAAAGAAUUUUAAAAGUUUAUAAAAUAAAAUAAAUACUUUGCAAAGCUUAUCCAACAAUAUUAAAUUGAAGGCAUAUUAGGACAAUUAUAUCUUAGAGGGCUUGGGGUGGAGGACAAUAUCUGUUUUAGGAUGGCCAUGAUGGGCAGAUAACAAGAAUGUGGUUUCUAGACAGCAAAUGUUGCCACACAUGACUAAUAUUUCAGGGUGAUUCCCUCAAUACCCGAUUGCAAAAGAAACAUGGUUUGCAAAACAUUUAGUAUUUGAUAUGUACUUAAGUCUUUCUCCAUGAAAGGCUACCUUAUCGUUAUCAGAUACUUAAAUGUUUUUUGAUGUGUUAUUGAUAACUUCUACUUAUUGCAAGUUAACUAUCUAUACAUGAUGUCUCUGUUAGUCUACCUAUGUAUGAGAUAUUUGAAAUUCUUUAUAAAAUAAACAUUUGUUAAAAAAAAAAAAAGAAAACAACAAAAAGUACAUAGGCAUAGGCUCUUCCGCUACCCUGGUUGAAUUCUUCAAUUACUCUCUUUAAUCAAUGUGAGCAAAUAGGAGAUCUAUGAAUCCAUCUUACUUCCCAGCUCCCUUGUACGGUUCCAUUUGCGACCUUGUGACUAUGGGUGAUGGGAUAUGACAUUGGGUUCCUUUUACUGUGAGCACUAUCAGUCUACUAGUCGGAGAACAGUUACACUAGUUGCAGCUUCAAAGGGACUAUUGAUUUUGUCUCUAAUGUGCUCUUGCAUGUAAAGAUGUUAUUUCUAUUACUCCAUUCCUUCAUUGAUUAACAUAACAAAGAAUUAAGGAUUGUUUCAUCACUCAUGUAGUAUAGCUUGCAAGGGAAUAGGAAAAUCCUUGCUACCCUACAGUAGACCACUAUUGAUGGUCUUUAACUUGGAAAGUUCUGUAGUUUGUAAAGGGACAUGUAUCACUUUGAGACAAAUGUCUCAUUAAAAAGAUUUGGCUUUGAAUGAGACAUUUGCCUUACUCCUUAGGCUGAAACAAAUCAGGUAAAUGUUUUUUUUCAAGUUUACCUAAAUCUUCUUUCUUAUAGUUUAAACAUAAAAACAGCAGCAGAAGUAGGAGUAUUUUACCAUAUAGGUCCCCUGAAGUAAAAGCAAUAUAUAAAGAAAACAUUAAUUGUAUAAACUGCUUGGCCACACACAUUUUCAAUGUAUUUAAUGAUUAUGGAGAUUUAUUGGAAAAGUGUCAUACUAAGCUAUUUCUUUCUCUUCUUUUCACUUUCUGCAGGUGCUCAGUACUGGUGGGACUCUAUUCCUGGAUUAUGGGGGAAUUCUAACUCUGGAGGAGGGGGAUCAUCAGGGGGGUAUAAUUCCGGAGGGGGAGGUGGGCACUCAGGAGGAGGAUCAUCAGGGGGUUAUAAUCCUAAACCAAAGCCUGAGCCUGGGCCUGGGCCUGGGCCUGGGCCUGACAAAAAGGGAGAUUUAAGUUGCAUAACUGUUACUGGAAGUAAGAACAGUGCCCAAUGUCCAAGAGGUAAGAUAAUUUUGAAAGCCACUUUAAAAUUACUGUAUAUCUUAAUCUCCUUCACUUCUCACGUGCAUUGAAUCACAUGAGUGUGUGUGUCAGUCAAAAUGUAUGUUAGUUAACAGGAGGCGGUGUGGCCUUGGCAAGAAGAAGCAGGUAAAUUUAAAUUAGGGGUGCCCGAGAUCUGUCAUGCCUAGGGCAGCACCAAUCCAAAAUACACCACUGCCGGACUGGGGAUAAAAACCAGCCCUGGAAAUAAAUGAAGCCCCAUAUCAUUAUUAUACCAGCCCAAUCUUAUAACAUUAAAUUCUUGUUCACAAAAUGGUAACCAUGCAUUUUAAAGCACAUUUGAAGAGUGUAUUAUUAUUUAUAGAUACGAUUGAUAUAUACCCCUGCUCAGGGCAAUAUAUAUCACCAGUAUUUACACAAGGUUAUACCUUGCACAUUGCCCUGAUAUAUACCCCAUGCAUAGGGCAUGGUAUAGGCCCCACUAUGUAUACAAGGUUAUUUGAAUUGCCCUGUGCAAGGGUCUAUAUCAGGGCAGUGUGUGAGACAUAACCAUGUGUAUAUACUGGGGCAUAUAUUGACUUACCCAAGCAUACAGAUUGCACUCCCAGGACUUGCUACAGCAAUCAGGACUGGCCCAAGCAUGGAGAUUGCACUCACAGGACUUGCCCUAGCACUCAUGACUUACCCCGGCAUUUAGAUUGCACUCACAGGACUUGCUCCAGGAUUUCAAACAGCCUCUGGCAUGCACCAUGCAGGAGGAAAAAGAUGCCGGAUGAGAUUUCCAGUGGCAACAAAGACAACAUCACAUUGGCCGAGAGAGUGCUCUCUCACACUCUUGGUGACGCAUCUGCAUCCAGCCACGGCUGAAUUCUUAAAGGCUGCAUCACACAGCGGCCCCAGGGCACUUCGGCCCUAAACCAUAUUACAAACUGGAGUCUUUACUGGAGUCUUUUUUUUUUAUAACUAACAAAUAGCUUAGUUGUGACAGAUGAACUCAGGCUGUCUAAGUAUUGUGGGAACUGCAUGUUAUGUAUUGGGGUGUCUGUGUGUGAUAUGAAUAGUUUGUGUGUGAUGCUAUUGGCCUGUGUACAUUUGAUGGAAACUGUGUGUUAGCACUGGGUUGGCUCUCUUUGAUGAGAAUGUGUGUGAUGAUUUUGUGCUGUCAAUGUGUGAUGGGGACUGCGUGUGUUUGUGAUGGUUUUGGGCUGGCUGUUUACGGUGCUGCUGUGUUUAUCUUAGUAAUAACCUGAUGAGUAGAUAGAAUAAUGUAACUGGUUAUCUGUGCUACCUGUGACCUGUAUAAAAGUUGGAGAAUCCUAGAUCAAAACAAAUUAAAAUUACUUGUUUCAUUCUCAUGCACACAAUAUGUAAUCCUGGGUACAUACAUAUCAUUUACUCAAAAGCUUCACUUCGUUACUUACUGCCUCUGUAGAAAUGCCCCUAUCUAAAGUGUCAGCACACUCCCUCAGUCCCUCUGCAAACAGCAGUCUCAGCCAGGUAGGUAAGGUGUCUCCGCUUCACUCGCUUCACUUCCAUCCAUGUCUCUUUUCCAUUUCCAUCCAUGUCUCUCCCCCUUCCAUCUCUCUGAUCCCCUUUCGUCCAUAUCUGUCUCCCCCUUCCAUCUCUCUGUUCACCUCACUUUCAUGACUCUGUACCCCUUCCAUUAAUAUUUUCCUCCCCCCUCAUCCAUAUCUUGCUCCACCCUUCAUCCAUGUCUCUCCCCCACUUCCAUCUCUCUGUUCCCCUUCCAUCCAUAUCUCCCUCUCCCUUCCAUCUCUCUGUUCCCCUCCCUUUCAUGACUCUGUACCCCUUCCAUUAAUAUUUUCCUCCCCCCUCAUCCAUAUCUUGCUCCACCCUUCAUCCAUGUCUCUCCCCCACUUCCAUCUCUCUGUUCCCCUUCCAUCCAUAUCUCCCUCUCCCUUCCAUCUCUCUGUUCCCCUCCAUUUCAUGACUCUGUUUCCCUUCCAUUAAUAUCUUCUUCCGUCUACCGUAUCUGUCCUCCCUUUCAUCCAUAUAUCGUUCCACCCUUUAUCCAUGUCUCUCCCCCACUUCCAUCUCUCUGUUCCUCUUCCAUUAAUAUCUCCCUCCCCCUUAUCCAUAUCUCCCUCCUCCCUUAUCCAUGUCUCUCCCCCACUUCCAUCUCUCUGUUCCUCUUCCAUGUCUCUCCUUUCUUUCAUCCAUGUACCCCCCAUUUCACCCAUAUCUCCCUACCAUCCAUAUCUCUCCCCAAUGUCCUACUCCAUGUCUCUAUCCUUUCCAUGUCCUUCACCCAUCCAUGUAUCUCUCCUUCCCAUGUCCUCCUCUCAUCCAUGUCUCUCUCCCUCUCAUGUCCCCCUCCCAUUCAUGUCUCUCUCCCCCUGUCCUGUACACAUUCAUGUGACUCUACCCAUGUCUCUUCCCUCCUAUCCAUAUCCCCACCCAUCCAUGUCACCCUCUCUCCAUGUCCCUAACUCAUCCAUGUCACACUCCCCUUACCAUCCAUGUCUGUCUCCACCUCAUGUCCCCCACCCAUCCAUGUUUCUCUCCCCCUCAUGCCCCACACCCAUCCAUGUCUCUCUCCCCCUAUGUCCCCCUCCCAUUCAUGUCUCUCUCCCCCCAUGUCCCUCAUUCAUUCAUGUCACUGUCUCUCUCAUAUCCCCCUACAAUCCAUGUCUCUCUCCCCCUCAUGUCCUCCACUCAUCCAUGUCUCUAUCCCCCCAUGUCCCCCUCCCAUUCAUGUCUCCCUCCCCCCAUGUCCCCCACUCAUUCAUGUCUCUCUCCCCAUGUCUCUCUCCCCCAUAUCUCUUCCCUUCUAUCUAUGUCCCCCACCCAUCCAUGUCACUCUCCCUCUCCCAUCCAUGCCACUCUCCCCCCAUGUCCCCAACUCAUUCAUGUCACUCUCCCCUUACCAUCCAUGUCUGUCUCCACCUCAUGUCCCCCACCCAUCCAUGUUUCUCUCCCCCCAUGUCCCCCUCUCAUUUAUGUCUCACUCCCCCCAUGUCCCUCUCACAUCCAUGUCACUCUCCCCCAUGUCCCCAACUCAUCCAUGUCACUCUCCCAUUACCAUCCAUGUCUCUCUCCACCUCAUGUCCCUCACCCAUCCAUGUUUCUCUCCCCUUCAUGUCCCACACCCAUCCAUGUCUCUCUCCCCCCAUGUCCCCGACCCAUCCAUGUCUCUUUCCCCCCAUGUCCCCCUCCCAUUCAUGUCUCCCUCCCCCUAUGUCCCCCACUCAUUUACGUCUCCCUCCCCCUAUGUCCCACACUCAUUCAUGUCUCUCUCCCCCUUGUCUCUCUCCCCCUGUCCUGUACACAUUCAUGUGACUCUCCCCUAUGUCACUUCCCUCCUAUCCAUGUCCCCCACCCAUCCAUGUCACUCUCCCCCCAUGUCCCCAACUCAUCCAUGUCACUCUCCCCUUACCAUCCAUGUCUCUCUCCACCUCUUGUCCCCCACCCCUCCAUGUUUCUCUCCCCAUUUCCCCCUCUCAUUCAUCUCUCCCUCCAUAUCCCCCACCCAUCCAUGUCACUCUCCCCCUCCCAUCCAUGUCACUCUCCCCCAUGUCCCCAACUCAUCCAUGUCUCCCUCCCCUUACCAUCCAUGUCUCUCUCCACCUUAUGUCCCACACCCAUCCAUAGAAUGUGACGGCAGAUAAGAACCAUUCGGCCCAUCUAGUCUGCCCAUUUUUCUAAAUACUUUCAUUAGUCCCUAGCCUUAUCUUAUAGUUAGGAUAGCCUUAUGCCUAUCCCACGCAUGCUUAAACUCCUUUACUGUGUUAACCUCUACCACUUCAGCUGGAAGGCUAUUCCAUGCAUCCACUACCCUCUCAGUAAAGUAACACUUCCUGAUAUUAUUUUUAAACCUUUGUCCCUCUAAUUUAAGACUAUGUGCUCUUGUUGUGGUAGUUUUUCUUCUUUUAAAUAUAGUCUCCUCCUUUACUGUGUUGAUUCCCUUUAUAUAUUUAAAUGUUUCUAUCAUAUCCCCCCUGUCUCGACUUUCCUCCAAGCUAUACAUGUUAAGAUCCUUUAACCUUUCCUGGUAAGUUUUAUCCUGCAAUCAAUGAACCAUCCAUGUCUCUCUCCCCCCCAAUGUCCCCCUCCCAUCCAUGUCUCUCUACCCCCAUGUCCCUCACUCAUUCAUGUCACUGUCCCUCUCAAGUCCCCCUACAAUCCAUGUCUCUCUCCCCCUCGUGUCCCCCACCCAUCCAUGUCUCUCUCUCCCCCCAUGUCCCCCUUCCAUCCAUGUAUAUUUCCCCAUGCACCCAACUUAUUCAUGUCACUCUCCACCUCAUGUCCCCCUACCAUCCAUGACUCUCUCCCCCUCAUGUCCCUCACCUAUCCAUGUCUCUCUCCCCCUCAUGCCCCCGACCCAACCAUGUCUCUAUCCCCCAUAUCCCCCUCCUAUUCAUGUCUCCCUCCCCCAUGUCCCCCACUCAUUCAUGUCUCUCUCCCCCCAUGUUCCCCAUUCAUUCAUCUCACUCCCCCCAUGACCCCAACUUAUUCAUGUCUCUCUCAGCCACGUCCCCCUCAUAUCCAUGUCUCUCUCCUCGCAUGUCCCCCAAUCGUUCAUGUCCCCCUACCAUCCAUGUCUCUUUCCCAUCAUGCGCCCCUGGCCUCCAUGACACUCUGCCCCCAUGUCCCACUCCCAUCCAUGUCUCCACCUCUCUCCUUCCCAAGCAGCAUUCAGCUGCUUCCCUCACAGAGCCAGUGGCCUAGGUGUAGGUAGUGCCGGCACUGCCUCUCGCUGGCAGUGCGCUGUCACACUGAGCGCUGGGUAGUCAUGUGACACCCGGGGCUCCUACGCAGAGUGGGAGGGAACGGUGCUCCCCCUCUUAGUGUGUACUGUGCGUGCGGUUCCCUUAUGGAGCUGGGGGCACAGGGGGCGCAAAAAUGACUGAUCACACUUGACACCUGAUUUUUGCGCCCCUCCCUUAGCCUGCGCUCCCGGCGGCUGCUGGUUUGGCCAACCCCAUGUUACGCACCUGUUGCCAGCUCUGCACUUUAUGGUCUGCCAGUCUCCUCAUGAAAACUCUUGAAGACCUCAUUAUGGAUCCCCAUUCUAUUAGACUCGGCCCCAAGUCUUCAUUUCUUUACAGUAACUAAAUGUAUAAACUCUCAUCAUGCUCCUCAUCGUCGUUGCGCUGCUUCCACUCCCAGCACUGCAUCGUCAGAUCAAAAGCAAGGCAUUGGUGGGAUCUGUGUAUAAGCUGUUAAGUAACAUAUAUUAAAGUUGAAUUAACAUAAAAUAUACAGAUUGCAAAGCUUUAAUUUUUCUUUAAUGCAUUCUCCUUUUUAUAUAGGAUAUAUCUCGACAUUCUGCAUUUGUGGGAAUGGAUGUCAAGACUUUGACUUUGAGAAUGACAUCAAAUGUAGCUGCUCCUGUAAUAAUGUGCCAUUCACCAAAGCCCGCUGCUGCAAGGUUGCAUAAAGAGCUCAUCUUUGGCCCAUCUUUCACUUAUUUUUGUACAAUUGUUCUCUGCAGAAACAACAAUAAUAAUAUAAUAAUAAAGAAAAACAUUUUACAAC